GAUAAUUUGAUGCCCAGAAACUAUCCAGGACGAAGAAAGUCGGACAAUAUAAGCGCCACAAAAUCUGAGAUGAUAUUUUUGUCCUAAAAAUUUUACAAUCUUAAUAAUAACAAUGGUAAUGAUUCAAAAUUAGAGUAAGCUUGGAUUAUCGAUCAAACCUGACAGUGCUACUACCUUCAAUCAUGCAUUGUGACGGGGCUAUCAGGAACAUAGAAAAAGAAAUACUCCGCGAAUGUGCUUACAAAGGCAUUCAAGUUCAUGAAAACUUCCUCAACUACUACCUCAAACUCCUCUCACUCGACCCUACAUGGGGCAUCACAGGAAAAGAUGUGCUAGAUAGAAGCGACGUACAAAAUUUCAUCAAAUAUGUAGUCAACCAACUGAAAAAUCAAAACACCCCCAGUAUGAUCACCCUAAAGAUGCAGUUCUACUUCACUUGCAAUUACCAAAUGAAACAAAAAAUGGUGAAAAGGAACCGAGCCGAACUUUUGUUGCGAUUGCGAGGCUUAGAACAGGAAAUUAUCGAUGUUAAGCAUUUAAAUGAAGAAGAUGAGAUUAAUUUGAUGUAUAAAAAAAUCGUCUACUACAUUACUCUGGCUUCAGGGUUGGGCAAUCCAACCAUUGAUGCAGUUUUCAAAGAAGUUAGAGUUGCUCUCGGGAGUAUCCUCGACCGCAAUGAAUUGCACGAUUUUGUAGCACAAACCAGAUUUGCCAAAAUUGAUAAUUUGGCUGAGUUUACUAAACUAGUGACUGGGAUUCGUCUCUUCAACAAGGACUGUGGAAAAGGAGGUGAAGGAAUGGAAGAUUUACCAAAACUGAUCAAUGAAGCACUAGUUGCCACAAGUGCCGAGCUUCAAAACACUCUAAUCUCAAUUAUGGACAAAGUCAACUUAAUGACCACAGCUCUAGACUUUGUGUGUGCAACAGAGUUCGACGAAAGGCACAAUUAUGUUAUUGCCUAUCGCCUCCCAAAAGGAAUAACAAUGGCCGAUGUCAAUUACGUCAAAGACUCGCUUAUUGCCUACCGCCAACAUGAACUCUACGUCAGGAAAAUGAUGGACGAGAUCGAUAGAAUUGAAAAUACCUCCUCACAAAUCUUCACGAUUCUCCAACGUGCGCUCAUCGACCUCCACCGAGUUGUCAAGCAUCGGAUCGCAAUUCCAGUCAAUCAAGUCUUUCCCCAUUUCAUCAAACUGUCAGACAUCUGGUGCAACCUCCAAGACCAGACAAUUCUCCUCGCCAAACACAACCAAAUUAUGAUGAAUCUGCAAAAGUACAUUAAAGUUUUAUCAUUUCCCGACUCCAUCGCCGAAAUGAUGAUACCACCAGGGGAAUGCCCGAUGACUGAUACUGAGCGGUUAAAAAAAAAACGCGAUCAGAAAAUUCCACAGGAAGACAACCAUGCCAUGAUCCUAGACCCGUUGCUCUACACCGACUUGACUAAGUUAAAAUAUGAGUAUUUGGGAUUUUGUGCAUGGAAGAUUUUCAUGACGGAAGGGGCUCUACUGCCCGGGAAUCCUGGUCUGGGGAUCGCCAAAACCAUGAAUAUGCAAUUCGUGUUCUCAUCGGUAGAGGCGGGAAUAGCCUUUGGGAGGUGUCCGGAAAAGUGUGUCAUGGAGACAAUCAAGUUGGCGAGGAGGAAACCCGAGUUGAUUAAUUUAUUGACUAUUAAAGAUCGAUUGAUUCUUGUGCAAAAUAUUAGAGAAUUAGUGCAAGAACCGCCGCUUUUGCCUUUAACUGAAGAAGUUGAGGUUCAAACAGAGACACAUCCUAUCAAAAGUAAUAUUGAUCGAAAUUACUUUUGGAAUGUGUGGGAUUUGAGGAGGAAAGCAAUCGAAUAUGCGAAUUUGACUCAUUCUAAAACUGUUAGUUCUCAGACUAAGAAAAGUUAUCACAGAUUUAAUUCAAAUAUCCAAACUUGUGACCCCAGAGAUAAGGGGGCUCAAACUAAGAGAGAUAACUAUACUAAUGUCCCAAAACCUUCAACUUUUAUGUUCGGUUUGAGGGGUCGCAAAGACGAUAAACAGUUUAUAAUUGACUUGACUCGACCUGUUGAGGAGUAAAUAAAGUGCUUUAGCCAUUAAAACGUGUUUUUUUUCAACA